UUCCGCCCCGCAGGGAGAUGAGCUGGCGGAGGGGGAAGCACUUCCGGGGCAGGGGGCGGCCCGCAGGGGACAUGGAGAGAAUGAAGCUGCCCCCCCGGGGGCCCAUGGAGCUGCCCCUCUCCAUGCUGCAAGUGGGCUGCGCCGGACGCUUCGAACUCAUCACCCGCCCGGAGGGGCCCGACGGGGACACGUUCCCCCUCUCCACGCUGCCCCACGGCCUGCCCCCCUACGCCAUGGACCUGGCCUCGGAGCUGGAGCGGCGCUUCCUGGCCAGCCCCGAAUGGCUGCCCCUCCACCGCUUCGACAGGGCCCCCAGGGUCUGGCCGCGGGAGAAGGACGUCUGGUCGCUGUUGGAGACUGACCCCACCCCUGUGCACUCCACGCUGCAGACGGAGCGGGACCCCACCACGGGGCAGAUCCUGGCCUUCAGAGAGGCGCCAUUGGACAACAUGGGGCUGUCGGCCAAGAACUCGCUCUCCUUCCAGCGGGCGCCGGGGCCCCCUGCCCAGGCCCUGCGGGGCAGCAGCACCAACUACCCCUUCUGGCCAGGCGGGAUGGACGAGCCCAGCAUGGAGCAGAUCAGUGCCAAAGAUCACCUGGAGGAGGACAUCGACUUCGAGAGAGACUUGCUGACGGUGCCGCCGGGCUGGAAGAAGGGGGUGGAGUUCAAGCCGCAAG